AUGUGCUAUCUCCAUGCAACACAAUUCCGAAGUCUCACUCGCUCCCACAACUUCAAAGUUCUGUAUGUCGACUACGACGGAGGGGUCAUCGGCAAGUCGGUUUCAGACGCAUACCAGGAUCUACGUGGAGACAGCUUUCCAACUCUACACGAAGUCGCCCCCAGAGAAUAUCCGCAGCCGAGCGAUAUUCGAGACGCCGUGUGUCGUGGUAAAUACUGGGGUGCCAUCUACGCCAAGUCAGAUGGAUCGGUCAAUUUGACAUCUGCAUUGGGGUCUGGUGCUUCCACACCAACCUCGCUCGCCUAUGUCUGGAAUGGAGCGAGAUACCCGGUAUUUUCACAGUCGGUAGUCUACAGCAACCUCUUGAAACUGAUUCAAACCACUCGGUCAACAUACUACGACAACAAUGGAUCUUCAGUGGCUACCACUGCCAAUUUCUCUAUUCCAGCCACCCUGAAAGCAUUCGUCGACCCAAUCCAAGCCGAGCAAAUCAAUAUCAAGGAGACGGAAGAAGGAACAAGGGUAUUCUACAACACAAUCUCCAUGGCGAUGCCCAUAGUUCAACAGUUCUUCUACAUGCUAGCCUUGAACGGAAUCGGAUCUGUCUUCGACGCAUUCACUCAGCUGUUGUGGAAAACCAACGCCCUGCUUCGCCUGACAGUCUCACUACUCUACACCUUUGUAGGAGCCCUCUGCAUGACAGGCUAUAUCUGGGCGUACCGCGAAACCUGGCACCAAACCGGCAGCCACUUCGCCCUAACCUGGAUGAUCCUCUGGCUACUAAUGCACAUCAACAUCCUAUUCUUCGACAUAAUCACUGCCUUCGUCGAGAUUCAAUGGAUGCCAUACAUCGUCCUGACAUGGGUUAUCCUCAACGUCGCCAGUACAAUCACACCAUUCGAAAUGAGUCCUGCCUUCUUUCGCUGGGGAUAUGCGCUUCCUUCUCACGAGGCGUAUCAGGUUUUAAUGCAGAUUUGGUCGGGGGGUUGUAAUAAUCGGCUGUACCAAGCCGUUCCAAUUAUGUUCUCGUGGUGGACUAUUGGAGUCCCUACCUCUGUAUUUGCGAUGUACUAUCGUUGCAGGAAGGCUGUGGCUGGGGUAGAGCUCUCCGAUCGUGAGAUCCAGGAAAAGAAUGUCGCAACCGAGUAUCAGACUGUGACGGAAAUUCAUGACUCUGAUGGUGAAUGGCGGGGCAAUGAUGAUGAGGUUCAGGCGCUUCCUGUUCAACGAUUCGACUGA